AAACCAUCCAUCUCUUAUUUCAUUUCUCAACUGAGAGGUAAUCCUGCAAAAUAGCAUCUAUUAAUAAACAUCACAUUCCUCUUGACUUUAUCAGCAAUCCCAUUGUGUAUAUCUCCAACUCAGCUCGAACGUUUCUGACUUAUCAUCGAAAUAAUUGGGACGGUUUUAAAAAUUCUAAUUUUAGUAAGAUAAUUAAGAAGUUAAAUAUGAUAUAAAUUUCUUGAAAAAAAAACCAAGUCAUUGACACCUUAUCUUCCUAUCCUCACCACAAGAAUCGCCUAUCUUUCUCCAUUAGAAAAACCAACCUGAAGUUAACUCUUUUUGUUGCUUCUCAGUUGUCAGCCAAAAUCAACAACAAUUCUGUCUGAGAGUUGAUAAAAAAUGGUUACCUGUGGAGGCCUAAAACGCUUCUUUGACAAACCAUUCUCAGAAAAUUCAACAAUUCUUGAUUCCACUUCUUCAUGGAACCAAAUUAAAUCCAUGAAACAUUCAUCAUUUACGGAGAUUUUUGAUGAUUUACAUUUCAAAGAAAACAACUCUGUUUCCUCUUCUUCUUCCUCCGUCUCUUCUUUUUCUUCUAAUAAUCUCCCUCCAUUGUCUACCACCACAUCAUUGUCAUCGUCGACGUCUUCUUCUUAUAAUAAUUCGUUAUUUUCUCUCGAAUCAUUUCACCAAUCUGGGAUUGAAGGGAAAAGCAGAGACCUCAUUUAUCCACCAAGCAGCCAGAAGAAACAUUACAAGCAUAGUGAUAGCUUUUCAUCAAGAAAUUCAGAUUGUCUUUCAAUAUGUACAGAAAGCCUUGGAUUUGAAAGCUCCGACGAUGUUGAAGAUAUUAUGAAUGAAUUGAGUAAUGGGAAUUACCAAGAACACGAAGAAAUCAGAUCAACAAGCAUUAAUAAUCAGGGGAUUAUAAGUCAUGAAUAUUCCAAAAUUAGAUCAAGAACAAAUAAAGGGGAAUUAUUGCCGCCUCCAAUUUCUUGCAUUGGAAGAAAUGGAAAGCCUUGUGUUUGUUUUGAAUCUUUUAGAGAAAAUGGUAGGUUUAUUCUCAAGGAGGUUAGAAUUCCUGAAUGGGAAUUCUUGCAUGCAUGUAGAGAAGAUGGACGAUUGAAGCUACAUAUUGUUCACUCAGACGACGAAUUUCUAGAGGAAGAUGAAGAAUAUGAUGAUGAUUCAAAGGAUGAGGAAGAAGAUGAAUCAAGUGAAGACGUAAUAAAUGAUGAUGAUGAUGAUAAAAGAGAACUUGGAGAAUCUUGCUGAAGAACAAUGUAGGAAUUGAAGAAUAGGUAUCAUAAAAACAGAGGCGGAACCAAUAUUUAAGAUGUAUGAGUUGAGGUUUCUAGUCCUUCUGAGUUACUUAGUUACAUAUUUAAUGAACAUUUUAAGAAAAAUACAGUGUUCGGACCAAAGCUUUUGGCCAAAC